CUUCAACUCACCCUGAGUGAGAGAGCUUCACCACAUCCCACAUCCCACAUCGCAUCGCAAUCGCUUUUGCAACAGACCACGACGUUCUUUAAAUCGCAAAUAUCCAUAUCCAUAUCCACAUUCAACCAUACGUGCACCCACUUUGCUCUAGCUCGUACCUCCAUCACAGUGGUAACGGCGCGGCAACAUGGCUGGCCGUUUCGUGCGCGCGUCGAAAUAUCGUAAGCUUCAUUUGCAACUCAGCGAGCACCGGAGCAUAGGGGCAUGCUGACACCUUCAACAGGACAUGUCUUUGGAAAGCCCACACGCAAGGAGUCUUGCUACGAUAACCUGCACAUCAGUCGCAAUGCUUGGGAUACCAAUCUAGUCAAGGUGAGGGAAAGAGGGGCUUUGCGCCUUGCACGCCGUGCGGUGCAGUGCAAGUGCUGGAGAGAACCGGCUGACGGGAAUUGCUGCGAUUCUAGGCCAACCCGGAAUAUCUCUCAGUCAAUUGGGAGUCCAGUGGGGGAGGAGCUUUUGCCGUGAUACCUGUCAAUGAAAAGGGUCGAUUGCCUGAACAAAUCCCACUAUUCCGAGGCCAUACUGGACCGGUCUUGGACACAGAUUGGUGAGUACAUGAGCAGAUGCUGGUUGGGCCACGGCGGGUUUGGUCUGACGUUUCCAGGAACCCAUUCCAUGACCGUGUGAUUGCCUCUGGAUCCGACGAUGGCAAGGUGUUCAUAUGGCAGGUUCCUCAAGGUUUCACCCUAUACUCUGACGGAGACGAGCCGGUAGACGUCGCACCGGUGAUGAAGUUGACGGGUCACUCUAGGUGAGCACAGGAACGACUUCAGGCGUGGAUUGGUGUGCUAAGAACCAUACAGAAAAGUUGGACAGGUUUUGUUUAACCCCGCAGCCGAAAACGUGCUUGCUUCCGCAUCGGGCGAUUACACCAUCAAGCUUUGGGAUAUUGGUUCGGGCAAGGCAAAUCUCACAUUGAAACAUGGAGAUAUUGUGCAGAGCUUGUCGUGGAGUGCGAAUGGAUCCCUCUUAGCCACUACCUCGAGAGAUAAGAAACUACGGAUAUGGGAUGUGCGACAAGAGCGACCGACCCAUGAAGGCCCAGGACAUACUGGAGCAAAAAAUAGUAGAGUCGCGUGGAUGGGUGAGCACAAUCGUAUUGCCACCACCGGAUUUUCCAAGAUGAGUGAUAGACAAAUGGCAUUAUGGGAUGUGGGUAAUGCCAAGGAGCCAAUUGGUGGAUUCACGGUUUUGGAUUCAAUAUCUGGUGUUUGCAUGCCAUUCUGGGGUGAGUUUUCUUCUUUGGAAGAUGCGAUGGAUACAUAUUAAUGUUUCACAGAUGAUGGUACCCAGUGCCUGUACCUUGCAGGAAAGGGGUGAGUUUUUUCUACCAAACCGUGCAAAGAUAUUCUAAUAAAGAUAGUGAUGGUAAUAUCCGUUACUUUGAGUACGAAAACGACAAGUUCGAAUUUUUAUCUGAAUACAAAUCUGGCGACCCCCAAAGAGGUCUCGCAUUCAUCCCAAGACGUGGUAUCAAUGUAAGUCUCUAUAAAACGCCCUGAUUUUUCAUGUAGGUCUAAUAUUUUUCAGGUACACGAGAAUGAAGUUAUGAAAGCCUACAAAACCGUCAAUGACAGCUAUAUUGAGCCUGUUUCUUUCACUGUUCCUCGACGUGCCGAAGUCUUCCAGUCAGACAUUUAUCCACCUGCAACUGGCCUCAAACCAGCAGUCUCUGCAGCAGAAUGGCUAUCGGGUAAGGAUGGCAUUCCUGCAAAGAUUGAUUUGGAGAGUGUGUAUGAAGGCAAUGGACCAGUUGAAGUUCCAUCUGACUACAAGCCGGCAGUUGCGCCCACCCCUACACCUGCUCCAGCAAAGCCCAUAAUGAAGCAUGAACCAGAACCAGCAGCAGCAAGAGCCCCGCCACCAACGAUGUCUGAACAAAAGGGGUCUAUUUCUGCCAUGGCAUCGAAGUUUCAAGACAAUGAAGUAGAAGAGGAAGACGAGACUUCAAGCUUCGAGGAAAUUGCCAAACCUGUUCAGAGAGCUAGAGUGGAUCCCAAACCCGCCUCUCCUGUCAAAGCUGCUUCCCCCGUCAAGGCUGCAUCUCCUGUUAAGACGGAAGCCCCACGACCAGCACCCGUCCAAUCAACAGCACGCGUGCAAACCCCUCUUGCAUCUCCAAGUGUUUCAUCUGGACCAACAGGCUUAACCAAUUCAUCGGUAGAAGCAUCGCUAGCUCAAAUCAAAACUCUACUGGAGGCACAAACGAAAACAAUCACAGUACAAAGCGAGCGUAUUGGUCAACUUGCUCAGGAGGUUGAUACUUUGAAGAUGAGAGUUGGAUCAGGUCCGCAAGACCAAAGUGAGAGGAUUCGACAAUUGGAGCUGGAAUUGGAGGAAGCGCGUUCUUAGUAUUUUACGACAGAACGAAUUAUGAUUGGAUGAAGUGUAGCAGUCUUUUGUAGAGUCAAAAUUUUGAGAUGGGUGGCGAAUAGCGCGUGUAUUUUUCAUUUCCACGCAUUCCACACAUGUUUCAUCAUAAGGCCAGCCUGUGCCCAACUUCCCCCCCCUCAAACUUUGACUGUCAAUAUGCUAGACUAAUUUUUAGGAAGUUUGUGAUUCCGCGGUGGUUUCCUAGCCAUCCAGGUCAUCGUCCAUUGCGCAUAUGUACCCCAACUUUCUCUUCA